AUGGCUGAAGAAACCAAUCAACAGCCGAGCCUGGCAACAGAGAUCGGAAAUGUUGAAAACCCAAACGUCAAAGACCACCAGCAAGAGACAGGGGAGGACCAGUCACAACUCGAAAACAAAUUGCCUUUGACAGACGCUAGCACAGCCGAGAACCGCGAGGCUGCACAAAGCGCCCUAGGAACUGGGCAACAGCAAGUCGACACAGAUGAGCCCAAAAUAGAAACGAAUGAACCUAGCAAUGACGAAGCGAGAAUGUCCAAUGGAGAAACAGCCGAAAACGCGGGUCAGCAAGUAGCAGAAAGCGCAGAACAGCCAGACACAAAGGCUAGCGAGCAAGAAAGCUCAGAAAACGCAGAGUCACAAACGGGCGAUAAAAAAAGGCCUCGUGAGUCCGAAGACGAGGGCUCUAGCGCAGCUACUGACAACCAAGAAAGUACGGGGCCCGAAAGUAAAGCACUUGAGGAUGAACAAGCUGCUGGGGAGGAAGAAGGCGAACUCGACGAUGACGACGACGACGAAGAUGACGACGACGACGAAGAUGACGAUGACGAAGCUGGUCCUAGGAAGAAGCAGCGCCGCGAGCGGAACAGAUUUUUAGAUAUCGAAGCAGAAGUCAGCGAUGACGAAGAAGACGAAGAGGAUGACGAAGAAUCUGAACUAGUUCGCGAGGGUUUCAUCACUCGUGGCGAUGAAGAAGAAGAAGAAACCGCGGGACCAACUGGUAGAGACGAUCGGCUCCACCGGCAGCUCGACCAGAACCUGAACAAGAGCUCAGAAGAAGAUGCGCAAAAACUUGCCAAAGAAUUGAGAGAGCGUUACGGAAGAAGCAGCUCCAAGCAAUAUCGUGCGGCAGCUCAGGAUGGGUAUGUCCCCCAAAGAUUCUUGCUGCCUAGUGUUGACACAGCUACAAUUUGGGGUGUGAGGUGUAGACCUGGAAGAGAAAAAGAGAUUGUUAGAAAGCUGCUGAAAAAGAAGUUCAAUCUUGACAAGUCUAUGGGAAACAAAAAGUUGAAAAUCAUGUCUAUUUUUCAGAGAGACAACUAUUCCGGAAGAAUCUAUAUUGAAGCUCCCAAGCAGUCUGUUAUUGAGAAAUUCACCACAGGUGUCCCAGAUAUUUAUCCUGCUCAAAAGCUUCUAAUUCCGGUUCAGGAGCUGCCGCUACUGUUAAAGCCAGAUAAGUCAGAUGAUGUUAGACUUGAAGAGGGAAGUUACGUGCGCAUUAAGAGGGGCAUUUACAAGGGAGAUUUGGCUGUUGUGGACCAAAUUAGUGAAAAUAAUUUAGAGGUUUUACUCAAAAUUGUUCCUCGUCUUGAUUACGGUAAGAACGACGAGAUCGAUGCCGAUACGAACACUAGAAAACAGAAGAGACCUACUUUUGCCCAGAGGCCUCCGCCCCAGCUCUUUAACCCUACGAUGGCUUUGAGGAUGGACCAGGCCAAUCUGUACAAAAGAGACGACAGGCACUUCACCUACAGAAAUGAUGACUAUGUCGAUGGUUAUUUGUUCAAGUCCUUUAGAAUUCAAUACCUGGAAACUAAGAACAUCCAGCCCUCGGUUGAAGAGUUGGCCAGGUUUGGUAGCAAGGAGGGGAACCUAGACCUGACCACCAUUUCCCAAACAAUAAAGAAGGCGCAAGCCGCUAAGGUUACUUUCCAGAUAGGAGACCGAGUUGAGGUUCUGAGCGGAGAACAAAAAGGCUCCAAAGGUUUUGUGACAAGAACAUCAAUGGACAUUAUUGCAGUGAAUCUGCCACAACUUGGCAUGAAAGCGCUAGAAUUCCCUAUUUCCUCCUUGCGGAAAAUCUUCGAAGCCGGUGAUCACGUCACAGUUGUAGGAGGUGACCAUCAAGGAGAUGCAGGUCUUGUGCUAGCGGUGAAGAAUGGACAAGUAACCUUUGUCUCUGACCAAACCAGAGCCAACUUGACCAUUUCGGCAAACAACUUAAGCAAGUCCAUGGAUUCGACCCCAACCUCAAGUGAAUAUGCUCUCCACGACAUAGUUGAGCUCAGUGCGAAAAACGUGGCUUGUGUUAUUCAAGCUGGGCACGAUAUCUUCAAAAUCCUCGACGACACAGGAAAGGUUUCUACGAUUACCAAAGGUUCUAUUUUGAAAAAAAUCAACACUGCCCGUUCAAGGCUCACUACUGUGGAUAAUAAAGGCAGAGAAAUCAAAAUUGGUGACACAGUGGUAGAAAAGGUCGGUGCGCGUAGAGAAGGUCAAGUGCUGUACAUUCAAACCCAGCAGAUCUUUAUUGUCUCGAAAAAGAUAACCGAAAAUGCCGGUGUGUUUGUCGUGAAUCCAAUGAACGUGGAAGCUGUUGCCUCAAAGGACAAUCUGAUAGCGGGCGUUGGUAGCAUGGACCUCAGUAGGAUGAAUCCUGACGUGGUAGCGAAAAUGCGCCCUCCUCAGCAAUCCGCUCAACAAGCUAGUGUUGGCCGCGACGUUGCUCUUGGGAAGACUGUAAGAAUUCGCUCUGCAGGCUACAAGGGCCAACUUGGUAUUGUAAAAGACGUGAAUGGGGAAAAAGCCACUAUCGAGUUACACUCCAAAAACAAGCACAUUACGAUGGACAAACGCAAGCUGAUGUACUACAAUAAAGAAGGUGGCGAUGGUAUCACGUAUGAUGAGCUCGUUAACAGGCGUGGUAGGACGCCAAAUGCCAGAAUUGGUCCCAGCUAUGUCAGUGCGCCACGAAACAUGGCAACAGGCGGUAUGCCUAUCGGAGCCGGCGGACCAGGCUCUUCUGCAUUGUCAGGAGGCAUGACACCUGGCUGGAACUCGUUCGAUGGAGGUAAAACGCCAGCAGUUAACUCCGGAGGCCAAGGAGGCGCUUCUGCCUGGGGUGGUGCAUCUACUUGGGGUGGCCAGGGAGGUGCGUCCACUUGGGGCGGCGCUGGCCAAGGUGGCGGCGCCUCAGCUUGGGGUGGCCAAGGCGCAGGUGCUACUUCGACCUGGGGCGGAGCAUCCGCGUGGGGAAACAAAUCCAGCUGGGGGGGUGCUUCUACAUGGGCCUCGGGAGGCGAUAACAAUGGCGGAGUAUCAACCUGGGGCGGCGACAAGUCCAGUCAUGGCGGCGGAUCCGUGUGGGGCAACCGCGAUGGCGGCACCUCGACAUGGGGAGGCGGCACUAGCAGAGAGGCCAACCGUGAGGGCGGUAAUUCGACGUGGAGGAAUGAGAAUAGUGGCAACAAAUCCGCGUGGGGCGACCAAGGCAACGUGUCGUCUUACGGUGGAAACAGCACGUGGGGCGGCCGCUAG